UACACAGCGCGCAAUUCGGUCUUCCGCCCGAAGAAAACAUUGCGAGAUAUUUUCAAUAUUUGCUCAGAAUUGUUGCUUUACUUUUUGUAGAUUUCAAUUACGUCUUUACAGAACAUUAAAGAAAUGUAUAACCUUGGUAUUUUACAGCACAAUGACGAACAACUACCCCGAGGAUAGUGUUUCUAUAAAAAGUUUAUACAGCAGUGAUGAAGAUACAGAUGAUGCCGUAGAGUCUUAUGUCUUAGCUUGUCAGCAGCCUCACAAGAAACUAAUCAACAGAGGGCGCUGGCUUAAAGAAGAGGACGAAAAAUUAAAGCAAGUGGUCGAACAGGUUGGAAAUCAGGACUGGAAGCUUGUGUCAAGAUAUUUUCCAGAUAGAUCCGACCUGCAGUGCCAGCAUCGCUGGUAUAAAGUACUCAAUCCAGAUCUUAUUAAAGGACCCUGGACACCAGAGGAAGACCAAAAGGUUUUAGAAUUAGUAAGACAGUUUGGUGCAAAGAAGUGGACUGUUAUCUCUAAAUAUUUGAACGGGAGGACUGGAAAACAGUGCAGAGAAAGGUGGCACAAUCAUUUGAAUCCUGACAUAAAGAAGUGUGCUUGGAGUGAAGAAGAAGACACUCUGAUAUACAAACUUCAUCAAACAUUAGGCAAUAGAUGGGCUGAAAUAGCUAAAUUCUUGCCAGGAAGGACUGAUAAUGCUAUAAAGAACCACUGGAAUUCAACAAUGAAGAAGAGAUACGAAUCUGAAGCUGACUCGGAUAUAAAGGGAGGUGAAGCGUUUCUACCCUUUACCCCUGGUCCAGGUGAGCUCGGACACAAUAUCAAACCAGUCCAGAUGAUUUAUGGAGGGCAGGAUUUAAAACCAGUCCAGCUUUUCAACAGUACUAAGAAGGAAACGGUUGAACGGCCUAGCUUGAAGCCAAUGCAGCUGUUUCAAAAUAAUGCAAGAGAUACAGAAAAUGAAACGAUGAAACAGAAAUUGGAAGUGAGAAGCAGUGGUGGUUUUAGCGGACUGAACACCUUAGAUCUUGUCAGUGGUAUAGACUCUGAUACAGGUGUCACACCCAUCAAGUUUACUGCUUUGGAGGAAAAAAAAUACAGGUUUGAUGGGCAUGCUAUCAACAGAUUGAAGAGUCCUGUGCAGUUAAUUCCUAUUACCUCCCCUGUUACAUCUAGAUUCACUGCUCCAGCUAUCUUACGCAGGAAUAGGAAGAGAAAACAUACCAGCCACAAGAGGGUCACACCAAAGAGCAGUAGUGAAGAUUCCUUCAAAACUCCAGAGAGGACAGGGGUAUCUAGCAGGUUGUUCGGAACAGACUCUGUCGAAAACAGUGAAAAAGAAAACAUUGAUCCUGGCAGAGAACUGUUUAAACAGUAUCAGGAUUAUAGUAAAGUGAAUGAUACAAAAUUUGUUAAGGAAGGUAUUCCAGAGCAGGACUAUGGCCAAGUGACACAGACAGCAUCUGACAAUGUGCUUAAAGUUUCAGAAAAGGAAAUGACUGAAAAUGUUUCAAGUGGCUGUGAAUAUGACAUUCCAAAUAAACAAGGAUCUUUAACUCCGAAAGGAACUCCAAUAAAAAAUCUUCCCUUUUCACCGUCCCAGUUUCUUAAUUCUCCUGAGAUACCAUUCGGCAAGGUGACGUCAACACCAGUGUGCAGUAAACGUGAUUCCUCAUCUACGUCUGGACAUGGAUCAAUACUAAAUACACCUGAUGUUAAAGUCACUGACAGUUUUAGUGCUAGUCAUACACCGGUUGUGCCAAAGACGUUUUACCAGGCAACACCAAGAACACCCACCCCUUUCAAGAAUGCCUUAGAGAUGAUCAGGCAGUCACACAUGAAUAAACUUAUUAGUCCGUGCCAACUUGAUGAUGUGGAAGCUAUGAUCCGUGAAGAUACUGGCUAUGAGGCAGACAUGUCAACUGCAGAGUUUGUUGAUGCUAAUAGAUCAAAGAAACCUAAUAAAAUACCAUCAGUGAGAAGAGCGAGACAGUCACUUAAUCAGAAAUGGCCAACCAAUAAUGCCCCAUUGUAUCCAAGCACCGACUCACUGCUUCUGUCACCAGAAACACCAAGCAAGUCAUUGAUAGGUGAUACAAGUAUCUUGUUUUCUCCUCCAUCUAUUAUCAAAGACACGUUACCAGACAAGGAGACAGAGGAAGUCUUUAAUAUGCCAAACAGAAAAAAUAUUCCAAAGCUGUUCAAGAAAUCCAGUAAGAAGAUUCACUUCAGUAAAACACCAACUAAACCCAGAAUUAAGCUUGAUGUCCAGUUUGAGACUGUGGCAUGUGGUAAAACAGAUGACCAGCAACACAUGACGCAGUUAGCUAAACAUAUCACCCGGAUGUGUAAACCAAUGAUACCAAGGUCCUUGAAACUCUAGGAGUGUAGAAAUAGUAUAUUGAUGCAAGCCUGAGAUUUUUCAGGACUGGUAAAGAAGAAGUCAAACUUUUAGCUUUUGAUAGCCAGAAUUUCCACAUAGAACUGAAAUUGAAUGAAAAGAAGUAUGUCAUGCUUAAGGAAGUAGGUUUUUGGGCUUAACAUUUUAGUAUGAAUUCCAGGCCCAUCGAGGGAACCUGAGAUAAAUACUUGCUCUAAAAGUUUAAGAGAUAUCAUAGUACUGAGGAUGUAAAUAUGCUAAUACAAACAUUUGCAAAUACAAUCUUCCCUUAUGGGAAAAAUAAACUAAGAUUCGUGAAUAUGUACUGCUAUGUUCCAGACUCUUUGUGCUGAUAGUGUUUACAUCAUCUGGCUUUAACUAUUAACCAACCAGUGUGAAAUAUUACAGUCAAUACUGUGUUUGUUAUACAUGAAGUUUGUUCAGUGGAGAUCAUCCCAAUACAGUUUCUUACUGGUUUUGUUAGCUCGACUAUUCGAAGAAUAGUCUAGCUAUUCUACUCACCCUGGCGUCGGCGUCGGUGUCACACCUUGGUUAAGUUUUUGCAUGCAAGUACAUACAGCUAUCAUUUAAAGGCAUAUAGCUUUGAAACUUAUUUAUUCUUUUUCUAGGUCAAUUACCAACCUCACUGGGUCAAGUUCCAUAACUCUAACAUGUAUUUUGAGCAAAUUAUGCCCCCUUUUGGACUUAGAAAAUUCUGGUUAAAGUUUUACAUGCAAGUUACUAUCUCCAAAACUAAUGCAGAUAUUGAAUUGAAACUUCACAUGUGUCUUCGGGGUUAUAAAACUAGUUGAUAGCACCAAGUCCCAUAACUCUGACCUUCAUUUUGGCCAAAUUAUGCGCCCUUUUGUACUUAGAAAAUUUUGGUUAAAGUUUUGCGUGCAAGUACAUACAGCUAUUACUAAAAGGCAUAUAGAUUUGAAACUUGUUUUUUCUUUUUCUAGAUCAAUUACCUACCUCAUGGGUCAAGUCCCAUAACUCUGACAUGUAUUUUGGCCAAAUUAUGCCCCCUUUUGGACUUAGAAAAUUCUGGUUAAAGUUUUGCGUGCAAGUACAUACAGCUAUUACUAAAAGGCAUAUUGAUUUGAAACUUAUUUUUUCUUUUUCUAGAUCAAUUACCUACCUCACUGGGCCAAGUCCCAUAACUCUGACAUGUAUUUUGAGCAAAUUAUGCCCCCUUUUGGACUUAGAAAAUCCUGGUUAAAGUUUUGCGUGCAAGUACAUACAGCUAUUACUAAAAGGCAUAUUGAUUUGAAACUUAUUUUUUCUUUUUCUAGAUCAAUUACCUACCUCACUGGGCCAAGUCCCAUAACUCUGACAUGUAUUUUGAGCAAAUUAUGCCCCCUUUUGGACUUAGAAAAUCCUGGUUAAAGUUUUACAUGCAAGUUACUAUCUCCAAAACUAAUGCAGAUAUUAAAUUGAAUCUUCACAUGUGUCUUCGGGGUUAUAAAACUAGUUGAUAGAAUCAAGUCCCAUAACUCUGACAUGUAUUUUGGGCAAAUUAUGCCCCCUUUUGGACUUAGAAAAUCCUGGUUAAAGUUUUGCGUGCAAGUACAUACAGCUAUUACCAAAAGGCAUAUAGCUUUGAAACUUAUUUAUUCUUUUUCUAGGUCAGUUACCAACCUCACUGGGUCAAGUUCCAUAGCUCUUAACAUGUAUUUUGAGCAAAUUAUGCCCCCUUUUGGACUUAGAAAAUUCUGGUUAAAGUUUUACAUGCAAGUUACUAUAUCCAAAACUAAUGCAGAUAUGGAAUUGAAACUUAACAUGUUUCUUCGGGGUUAUUAAACUAGUUGAUAGCAUCAAGUCCCAUAACUCUGAUAUGCAUUUUGGUCAAAUUAUGUCCCGUUUCGAACUUAAAACUCUUUUGAUAUUUAACAUUUUGGGUAAUAAUUUCCUGCUUCUGUGACAAUAUUUCGAAUAGUCGAGCUUGGCUGUCUUACGGACAGCUCUUGUUAAAUAGAAACUGGUGUGUUGGUAAAUAACAGUAUAAUUGUAUAUAUUUUUCUAUGCUGUGCAUAACUGUUUUGUAGACAUAAUUCAGAAAUAUACGUAACAGUAUUUUUGUAUUUUCUAAAUGUAAAUUGUAAAAGAUAUUGGCUGUGUGACUCUGUUUACCUUUUUGAGUGUGACAUUUUCAUUUUGAAGUGCACUUGGUGUGCCAAGUACAGAUAGACGUUUAUUUUAUAUAGAUCUUCCUUGGGAAAGACAAAAAGUGGUCAAAAUUUAAGGUUAGAGGUUAGUGUUUACUUGCCUAAAUGUUGAAUACACUGCAAAUGUUUGAAUUGGGUCUUUAAGCCAGGUGAUUUCCAGUCAUGUUUGGACUCAGCAAAUGCAAAACUGUGGGUAGGACUUUGUACCAACUUAAGUAAAUAUUGAUAUACUCUAAAUACUUGAGAACACUGUUAUUAGACAGCUUGUUGUUUUGACUGCAGAAUUUGAAUUUUUUAGGCUGAAAUUUAGAAGAGCUUUGCUGCAGUUUUUCUUCAGGUUUGUCUGUUCAUUUGAUGCUUAGGCCGAUCAGUUAGCUUCAGUAGUUUGGUUUGAUAGACACUAAUAAAUAUUUGUGUAAAAUAAAUAUAUGCGUGAAACAUUGACUGAAUAAUAUUUGCCAAAUUUAUAUCAUAUAUCUAGAGAGAGCUAUGUAUAUGGUGAUUAUAGUAUGUGUAAGAGAUGACAGAAGGCUAUAGAGGUCUACCAAAUUUCAGCAUUUGAAAUGAAAUUAGGUAGUUAACUGCUGUGCUUUACAUCUUGUAAAGUGAACGUAUAGUAUAUGCAAACUGAACUGUCAUUGUUUUAUUACUUGAAAACUCUGGUGACUUGUAACAGAUAUGUGGACAGAUGGACACAUAAUUCAAUUCAGGUAUAAAUGUAAACAAAAAUUCUGUGUAGAACCUGUAUUGAAUAAUGUUCACUGUUCUCGGGUCAAUUUCAGUAAAAUGAAACAGAAAGAUGUCAGUUUAGUUUGCACAUGCUAUACUAUCAUUUUGAAAAAUCUGUUGUUGUCUAUUCCAUAUUGUGUGUUGUUAAUGAUUUGUUUCUAUUUUUUGAAAUUUUAUUCUUUUUUUCCAGUAUGUGCUGUUCAUACAAGAAUUUUAUUUGGUUUAGAAAAAUAUUCCAACAUUUUAUUUAUACAUCAUAUAGCAAAAGGACUAAAAUCAUAUGUUUUUUUAAUCAUUUUAUUAUUAAGUAAUAAAUCUUGAAUUAUAAUCAGUUAAACUAUGUCUAGCAUUAAGCUUAAAAGAUAAAAAUGAAUUACAAAAAUGGAAAUUGUGUGCAGAGAAAAAGAAAUAUUUUCUUCAAAAUUUGUUUACUGUGAAUUCUUUAAUAAUUAUUGGGGACUUGUUCUAGCAUUUGAGUCAGUCCACAAAUUAAAACCCCUUUGGACGAGUAAAAUUCCUAUUCAUUUUCUGUUCAAAAUUAAAACUUCACGAAUUGUAGUUCCUGUAAAAUGUCUCGUUUUGGCAAAAGCUGCAUAAUUUCCUGACUAUGAAAUUAAAUUAUUUCUCGGUAUUUUAUUAAGCUGAGGUUUUCUAGAAUCAUAAUUACUGGUUAACAAAUACUUGUCCACACUAUAUGCAUAAUCUUGACAUUAGUGCUUAAAUGGAAAGAAAUUGUUAUUUUUAUUUUGAAUAAUUUAUGUUAAAAGUUAGAUAAGUUGUAAAUAUAUUUAUGUUAUUUAUUUUUACAUAUUCUUUUAAUUAGAUAGUAUUGUUUUGAAAAAGCCAUCUUUAAGAGAAAUAAACCAUGAUCCGUAAUAAUGCUAAUUGAUAUGUCUCUCAGAAAAUGGAUUGAGAACCAAACAUUUCAACACCUGUAAAGCUGAUUACAAGAAAUUUCAAAUUCGGACAUGUAUUUGCUCUAAUUGUAAUUGGUAGGCAGUAGUGUUUAACAUGUAAUAGCUUAGGGAAGGGUGGUUGAGAAGUCGGGUUUAAUGGAGCAAAACUGCAAACAGAACAAUGACCGGUUAUUUGAGUGGUCACUGCUCCCCAGCUCUUUUCUAUGACUUAUUUCGGCAUAAAUUUUCACAUUUUUAGCUCGAUUAUUAUGGGAACUAUCCUACUUGCCACGGCGUUGGCGUAAGCAUGAGCAUUAGCGUGAGCGUGAGCGUCACACAAAUGUUAAAGUUUGUGUACUACCACCCCAAAUAUUUUCAAAGUCCAUUGAGAUAUUGCUUUGAUAUUUUGCAUACUUGUUUACCAUCAUGACCCCAGUCUGUAAAAAGGAGGAGGCAACUCUAUCAAGCAUUUUGACUGAAUUAUGGCCCCUUUUCGACUUGGAAUAUGCUUAUUGUAAUGUUAUAGUUUUACUCGUAGCUUAUAUUAUACUAUCAAGCACUGAGAAUAGUCGAGCGCGCUGUCCACUGACAGCUCUUGUUUGUUUGUCAUGGUAUAUAUUUGGUACUUAUUUGUUGACUUGUAAAACAUUGCAGAUACUCUUAAUUGAGGUUUUAUUUGAAGUGUUUGAGAUCUACAUUGUUGUAUUUUUUUGCUGUGCUGUGAAGUACUACAUAGAUGAUUAUUAAUGAUUGUUGUUAAAUGGAUACUGAUUAAUAUGUGUGAAAAUCAAUAAAAGAAAGAUUGAA